AUGGCUAUUUCAGAUAUGUUGAACCGCCGUGUGCGGGCUCAACCAGAUCAACAGGAAGAUAUCUACUCAGAGGAAUCCAACGCCGAGGAAGUCUCUUCAGACGAGAACGAGGAAGAAGGCGAUUCAGACGAAGAUAUGAGCGACUCCGAUGAAAAAGAAGAUGAUGAGGAAUUGGAAGACGAAGAAACCCAAUCUUCGAACUCAGAAGGCGACGACGACAUUCAAGCCUCGCUAAGCAACAUUUCCUUCGGAGCCCUGGCCAAAGCCCAAGCAUCAAUGGGACCCAAAAAGCGCAAAGGAAAAGCAAGCGAAGAAUCAGAGACCGCAUCGCCCUUAGACGACAUCCGCGAAAAGAUUCGCGAAGCCCGCGAACAGAAGCGCGAGGCAGCGACCAAACUAGCCGGGUCGAAAUCCCAACAGGCUAAAGAGAAAAAGGAGAAAGCCCGCGCAUCCAAGCACGCGCCAAUGGUGCAGUCUUCCAAGUACGCUGUCACACGUAAACGGCAGGUAGUUGAACCUCCCAACGUUGCCAAAGCGCGCGACCCUCGCUUCGAUGCCGCUGUUAUGGGAUAUAGUGGUGCAGGACGACACAAUCAAGCCACUAGCAACGCUUAUGCUUUCCUCGAUGACUACCGGGAGUCGGAACUAAAGGAUUUGAAGACUCAGAUGUCUAGGACGAAGAAUGAGGCGCAGAAGGAAGCUUUGAAGCGACAGAUUCGGUCUGCGACUGAUCGGAUGAAAACGCGGGCAAAUGAGAAGCGUGAACGGGAAGUCGUUUCUGAGCAUAACAAGCGCGAGAAGGAGUUGAUCCGUGAGGGCAAGAAGAGCACGCCGUACUAUUUGAAGCAGUCUGAUCUCAAAAAGAAGGUUAUGGAGAAGAAGUACUCCGAGAUGAAAUCGAAGGAUCGGUCCAAGGCUUUGGAGCGUCGUCGAAAGAAGAUGGCUUCCAAGGAGCGCAAGGAAAUGCCAUGGGAGCGACGGGGCGCUGGUGGCAACGACGCACCGCCGAAUCGUGGGGAACGAUGGGGAAAUGGCGGCGAUGAUGCACCUCCUAAGAGGAGACGUUUCAAUUCAGAUUAA